CUCUCUGCUGCCAUGUUUGUGCGCAGUGCGCACCUACGACCUCGUCGUCUACGGACCCCUCAUCUCCGCACACCCACGCUCUCAUUCUCACGCGCCAACUCCACCUCUUCCUCGCUGUACGACCCAGACGCCGAACCUCGCGAAGAAGAAUCCGUGGAUGUAUGCAUCGUCGGCGGCGGGCCUGCCGGCCUCAGCGCCGCCAUCAGACUUAAGCAGCUCGAAGCCGAGACCGGGAACGAAGUGCGCGUAGUGGUGCUCGAGAAGGGAGCCGAAGUCGGCUCGCACAUUCUUUCUGGGGCUGUCAUCGAGCCAUCCGCACUGGACGCUCUGCUCCCAGACUGGCGCGACGCCGCCGACCACCCCCUGAAGCAGCCCGUCACGUCCUCGACGAUGCGCUUCUUCACGCAGAAGCACGCGAUUCCCAUACCCCACCCGCCGCAGAUGAGCGGCACAGGGAACUACAUCGUCAGUCUCUCCCGCGUCGCCGCCUGGCUCGGCGGCGUCGCAGAGGAGCUGGGUGCCGAGAUCUACCCCGGCUUCGCUGGCGCGCGGUUCCUCCUCACGGACGGCCAGGUGCGUGGCGUCGUCACGCAUGACGCCGGAGUGACGCGCGCGCGCACUAAAUCGGCGAGGUUCGAGCCUGGCGUCGCCUUCCGAGCCAAAGCGACGUUGUUGGCAGAGGGUGCCCAUGGUUCGCUUUCGAAGACGGCGAUCUCGAUGUUCAAUCUGCGGGAAGGAAAACAGGCGCAGACGUACGGAAUCGGGCUGAAAGAGGUCUGGCGCGUGGAGCCGGAGAAGCACGUACCUGGGAAAGUCGUGCACACGAUAGGUUGGCCUCUACAGAGCAACACCUACGGUGGUGGAUGGGAAUACCAUAUGGCAGACGGGCUCGUGAGUAUUGGCCUUGUGGUGGGUCUAGAUUACCCCAAUCCGUAUCUGGAACCAUACCGGGAGCUUCAACGCAUGAAACAUCACCCUCAUUACCGAGCGCUGCUCGGCGGCAAAAGCGAGCGACUGGCAUACGGUGCUCGCACUCUGACAGAAGGCGGGCUGCAGAGCCUGCCGAAAUUGGAUUUCCCCGGUGGUGCUUUGAUUGGAUGUUCUGCCGGUGUCGUGAAUACUGCAAAGAUCAAGGGAACCCACAACGCCAUGAGGACCGGGAUGCUUGCUGCCGAGUCGGCAUUUGCAGCGUUAUAUCCCGAGGCUAAGUUCACUUCGACAGGAGCUCCUGGAGUGACGCUGACACCAGCUGAACAAACCACGGAUGAUAUUAUCUCGCUGAGCUCGUACUCGACCGCAUUUCCUCAGUCGCCGGUGUACAAAGAUCUGUACGAAGUUCGGAACGUCAGGCCUUCGUUUGGGCUGCUUGGGCACGGCACGCGGUGGAGUCAGCUGGGCGGAAUCCUGUACUCUGGCAUGGAUACGAUAUUACGCGGGAAUGUGCCUUGGACGUUGAAGCAUCACGUGCCAAAGGACUCGGGCUCUCCAUCGGCCUCUUCUCCCGACGCGCUGUCGACGAAACCCGCAAAAGAGUUUUCGCCCAUCGCCUACCCUGCCUACGAGGCCCCGCUGAGCACCGAUCUGAUGAGCAGCGUCACGCUCACCGGCACCAACCACAGCGAGGGCGAGCCGGUGCACCUGCGGGUGAUGCGAGGGGUCGGUCCGUCCCCCGACAGCGCAGAGACGGCCUCCCGGCGACGAUCGCAUGUGCACACCAACCACGGCGAAUACGCGGGGCUGCUGCAACGCGCGUGUCCUGCGGGUGUCUACGAGUACGUUCCGGAUGACGGGCGGCACGUUGUCCCGGGAAAUGACGCGAAUGAGGACGAAGGGGCCGAGGGCACGAAGCUUGUGAUCAACUCGCAGAACUGCAUCCAUUGCAAGCUGUGUGAUAUCAAAGUUCCGACGCAGGACAUCACGUGGACCACACCGGAGGGAGGAGGCGGACCCAAGUACACAUUGACUUGAGGCACGUUACAUAAUGGAGAUCGGCACUUUUUAGUCACGCAGCGGACGCGAUUGUGCUCUGUAAGUCUCGCGUUUCGGCUGAGUAUAAAAGUACGCGGUAAAGCAGUACACGGUAUAGUUACGAUAUCACACACUCCUGGGGCGCGGUCACAUGACCUCAAUCAAACGUAAAUAGUCUAUCGAACUUGCUCAUUUUCUCGGCCGACGAUGAUACUUCCCCUAAUUUGGGCCUUCCGAAAUCGGACGAAUCAGUGCCAUUGGUAAUCUAUCCAUGUAUGAAUGCCAACCUUUGAAGCACUGUGACAUGCCCAGCUGAUUGCACUGUUUGUGCAAUACUUAUAACCGGUCUAUGUCUCAUCCUCAGGCCGGUCAUCACCUGAGGUGACUAGGACCUCAUGAAGCUACCACCAACCACAAAUAUAUCGGGAUCCCGCAAUGGCUUUGCUCGAUUUCGAGCCACACUGGAAUUACAUGCCUUUCUGUGUCGCUCGUAAGCAUGUCGGCGUUCUAGAGACAAACAUAUUUGGAGUGAGCCUGCGUGAUAUAACUGCGAGCGUGGUCGGCCAGACUGGGCCCGCGCUGCGCUACACUAUGAAUACCUUAGUUGCAGGAUCCCGUGCGAUCCCUGAACGGAACUUAGUAUCCGAACAUGCUCGAUUGCUUUCAGACAGUCGCUCAUCAGGGUUGUGGUGAAACCGGAGGCGG